AUGCCAGAAACCACAAUAAUAACAGUAGCAAAUUGGCUUAAACAAGCUAUUGAUGAAGGAUAUUUGAAUUAUCAUGAAUUUGACAAAUUUUCAGAUAUAAUGUCAAUUGACACUGAUCAAUGUGAAGUGUAUCGUGCAGACUGGAAAAUUCGAGGAAUGGUUGUAGCAUUAAAAAGUUGGUUGAAUAUUUCAAGUAAGGAGGAAAGAGAAGUGAUGGAUGGGUUUUCAAAAGAGUUGAAAUUGCUUAGAAAAGUUGAUUACCAUCCAAACAUUCUAAGAUUUUUUGGAGUGAAUUUAAGUUCGCAAAAACACUUGCUAGUUUUAGAAUAUGCGAACAGUGGUACACUUCGUCAAUAUCUGCAACAAAAUCACCAUUUGUUAACAUGGAAAGAUAAAAUAAGCCUUGGACAACAAGUAGUUAGUGGUGUCGCAUGUUUGCAUGAUAAUGAGAUUCCAUUAAGAGAGUUGAAUGCCAAUAAUGUAUUAGUAAAAGAUGGAUCAAUAAAAAUUUAUAAUAUUGGAUUAUCCAAUCAAUUUAAUCAGAUGUCUGAAGCUAAAAAAAAUGAAAUUGGAUAUACUGACCCACAAAUUUUGAAGAAUUCACGUCAUAAGAGAAACACUAAAUCAGAUAUUUUUAGUGUAGGAAUAUUGUUAUGGGAAAUAUCAAGCGGUCGUCCACCAUUUCAAUCCUCAUCAUUAGAAUUAUCAAAUGGUAUGUCCAAAAACAAACUUGCCACAAAGAUUUCUGAAGGAAAACGUGAAGAACCUGUUAAAGGUACUCCAGUGACAUAUGUUGAUAUUUAUCAACAAUGUUGGCAAAACGAUCCCAACAAACGACCGACUAUUCAUGAGGUACACGAAAAAUUAUCAAAAAUCGUGGUGCCAAUAAAAAAGAAAAGCAUAGAUAAUUGCCUUAGUACGAUAAAUAAUGAAAACUCAAAAGGAAUUAAUGUCUCAAACGAAAUUAAGUGUGGAAUUGGAAGUACUAGACCAAUAAGAACGAGAAAAAUAUCAAAUGAAAAAUUAUCAUUGAAAGGAAAUCCAAAUAACAAUGGAAAUAUUUCAAAUUCUGCUACAAAGUUUCCAACGGAUAUAGGAAUGAGUGGAAAGAAAUCUCCCACUACUCCUAUUUUAAUGGGAGGAAAGAAAUCUCCCACUAAAGAAAUGGGAGGGAAAAAACAUACAAUAGAUAAAACAAAACCAAUUCAAAGACCUAACUCAUUUAACAUUGGACGAAAACCCCAAAAUCGUCGUAGCUCAUUCAAUAACGAUCCCACAACACCCACUACACCCACAACUCCAAUUUCUUCUGUAAAUAAAAGGCUUAUUGACAAUGCAGAUACCGCUUUCUUUGAAGAUUUGUUAAAUUUCUUUAUUAACGUGUUGGAGAUAAGUAGUGACAAUACGGCAAUGAUCUCAAGCAUCAAGGAUUAUUUACACAAUAAAAGUCGCGAACAUAAAUCCACAUUCAAAUCUUUGAUCGUUCAUAAAGAUAAUCCGGCAUUCUGUUCAAUUAUAGGAUUCUUUUAUGAGAAUUCCAUAGGUACAGUUCAAGAUAAACAAGCGGCCUUUAAUUCAUAUAAAAAAUCUGCCGAAUCCAGUGACGCCAUAGGUCAAUACUUUUUAGGUCGUUGUUAUUAUUUAGGUCAGGGAAUUAAAACUGAUCGAAAAAAGGCUUUCGAAUUAUUGCAAAAAUCAGCUGAAAAUGGGAAUUCUCGUGGUAGAUGGAUGUUAGGAUUUUGUUAUGAACGUGGAUAUGGUACAGAGAAAGAUCUAAAGAAAGCAUUUGAUCAGUUUUUGCAAAGUGCAGAAGCAGGUAAUACCACGAGUCAAAUAGAAUUAGGACGAUGUUAUGAAGAAGGAAUAGGAGUGAAAAAGAAUUUGGCAAAAGCAAUAGAGUGCUAUCAGCAUGCGUCUGCUAGAGGAAAUGUAUUAGCAAAUAAAAAAAUUGAAGCGUUAAAGAAAAUACAACGAAAGAAUAUUUCAGCUUCUAAGGUUGGACCUAAGGAAGGAUGA